UUUUCUAUAAAAAGGGAGACACAUCGGCUGAAAGACAACAUUACAAACUAGUAAACACUAAACAAAAAAAGAGAUAACCAAAUGGAAAACGGUGGAGCUAAACUUAACGGGGUCAACAAAAAUUGGAGGUUCAAAGGGAUUGAGCCUGCCGCCACCGCCGCCACCGCCGCCACCACCACCACCAACAACAACAACAUAAUCAACAACAACAACAAUGGUAAAAUGGAAUCUGAUAAUGCUACUCUUAAAAAACCAAGUAGAGGUGUAACGGUGCGGGAAGCUAGAACUAUGAUUAUGGAGAAUUUGGACCCACUUGAUCAAAGACCAAUGCUUGCUCUUGCACAUGGUGAUCCUUCUAUUUUCCCCUGUUUUCGCACUUGCCGGAACGCCGAAACCGCCGUCGUCGACGCCCUUAGCUCCGGCCAGUUCAACUCAUACGGCACCGCCGUCGGCCUUCCUCCGGCAAGAAAGGCUGUGGCAGAAUACCUUUCUCGUGAUCUCCCCUAUCAACUUACCUCAAAUGAUGUAGUCCUUACACUAGGUUGUACUCAAGCAAUUGAUAUUGCACUUUCUUCACUUGCUUCUCCUGGUGCUAAUAUAUUGCUACCUUCACCCGGUUACCCGUAUUACGAGGUUUUUUCGGGUCAUAUCGGGCUUGAAACACGUCACUUUGAUCUUCUUCCCGAAAAUGGAUGGGAAGUUGAUCUCGAUGCUAUUGAAGCUCUUGCUGAUGUCAAUACUGUCGCUAUGGUUAUUAUAAACCCUGGAAACCCUUGUGGUAACGUUUUCACGUAUAGCCAUUUGCAAAAGGUGGCAGAAGUUGCAAAAAAACUCGGUAUUUUGGUGAUUAGUGACGAAGUUUAUGGUCACCUAACCUUCGGAAGCAACCCAUUUAUACCGAUGGGUGUGUUUGGAUCCAUUGUUCCGGUCAUCACCGUUGGUUCGUUAUCCAAGCGAUGGAUAGUUCCCGGGUGGCGCCUCGGUUGGCUUGUCACAAAUGAUACUCAUGGGAUCUUGCAAAAGUAUGGGGUUAUGGAAAGCAUUAAACGUAUUGCAAGCAUUUCUGCUGAUCCUGCUACCUUCAUUCAGGGUGCGGUUCCUCAAAUCCUUGAAAAAACAAGUGAGGAAUUCUUUUCAAGAGUAAUCAAUAUUCUAAGGCAAGAUGCGGACAUUUGUUACGACAAACUCAAGGAGAUUCCUUGCCUUAUGUGCCCUCACAAACCCGAAGGUUCCAUGUUCGUGAUGGUUAAACUCGAUUUGUCAAAACUAAAUGGUAUUAUUGACGACAUUGAUUUUUGCAUUAAGCUCGCUAAAGAAGAAAAGAUGAUUAUCCUACCAGGUGUGACUAUGGGAGCAAAGAAUUGGUUGAGGAUUACUUUUGCUUUGGAGCCAAAAGCUCUUGAAGAUGGUCUUGAAAGAUUGAAGACAUUUUGUCAAAGAUAUGGUGUAAUAACAAACCCAUAAAUUAUCUUAGGUUAUCCUUUUAAGAAGGGUGACAAUUAACAACCUUUUUUGGUGGGGAAUGUUUCCUUUCCGUCUAGGUAUUAUUAUCGUCCCUAGCUUCUCACGUACCAUUUUCAAUAGUGGUAUUUUGAUCCUCUACUUUAUUAGAAUAAUAUUGAAUUUUUAGAGGCUUGAAAGAUUGUGUGAUCUUUCUUUUUAUUUAUGUAAAAGAUGUUUAAUGGGUAAAAAAAAAACCUCAUUUUCAGGAUAAAAUGAAAAUAGAAUUAAUCACUUUACAAAUGACAUAUAUUAUGGUGAUA